AUGUUUGCUGCCGCACGUUUGACAGCAACCACAGCUCGUCGUUCCGCACCCAACGCGGUCCGAGCCUUUUCUAACACUUCUUUCUUGGCAGACCAAUACGAUGUCGUUGUAGUCGGCGGCGGACCAGGUGGUUACGUCGCUGCUAUCAAGGCCGGACAAUUGGGCUUGAAGACUGCCUGCGUGGAAAUGAGAGGAUCCCUCGGAGGAACCUGUCUUAAUGUUGGUUGCAUCCCUUCCAAGGCUCUUUUGCAGAGCAGUCAUCACUACCAUGAUGCGAAGAAUCACUUUGCUGAGCACGGAAUUGUGAUUAAUGGAGAUGUUACCAUGGACAUUGAUAAGAUGCUCGACGCCAAGGCCAAGACUGUGACUGGAUUGACGGGGGGUAUUGAAUACUUGUUGAAGAAAUAUGGCGUGGAUUAUUUCAAGGGAAAGGGAAAGAUUUCAGGACCCAAUUCAGUCGGUGUUGAGCUCAAUGAUGGAGGCAGCGAAUCUUUGGAUACCAAGAACGUUUUGAUUGCGACUGGAUCCGAAGUUACCCCUCUUCCUCCUGUUCCUGUCGAUAACGCAGGUGGAAAGAUCGUUGACAGUACUGGCGCUCUAGACAUCGACAAGGUUCCCGCAAAGAUGGCUGUUAUUGGAGGUGGUGUAAUUGGAUUGGAAAUGGGUUCGGUGUGGUCACGAUUGGGUGCCGAGGUUACUGUCAUUGAAUUCUUGGAUAAAAUUUGCCCCAGUAUGGAUACUGAACUAACAAAGAAGUUCCAAACUACUUUGAAGAAGCAAGGAUUUAAGUUCAAGAUGAAGACCAAGGUUACCGAGUCUGCAGCAACUGACUCUGGUGUAGUUCUUACUAUGGAGCCAUCCAAAGGUGGAGAUUCCACACAAGAAACUUAUGAUGUCGUCUUGGUGGCCACUGGUCGCAGACCUUACACCGAGGGACUUGGAUUGGAAGAGUUGGGUAUUCCAACUGAUAAAUUGGGACGCAUUGAGGUUGAUGAACACUUCAAAACUAAGGUUCCAUCCAUCUACGCCAUUGGUGACUGCAUUGAUGGACCCAUGUUGGCACACAAGGCAGAAGAAGAGGGAAUUGCUGCUAUUGAGACCAUUGCUGGAUUUGCUGGCCAUGUUAACUACAAUGCCAUUCCAGGCGUCAUUUACACUUACCCUGAAGUUGCUUCGGUUGGAAAGACCGAGGAAGAACUCAAGGAAGCUGGAAUUGCCUACAACACGGGAAACUUCCCAUUCUCGGCCAACUCUCGCGCCCGAGCAAAUGGAAGCACGGACGGUUUCGUCAAGGUUUUGGCCGAUGCAGAGACGGACAAGAUUCUUGGAUGCCAUAUUAUUGGUCCCAACGCUGGAGAGAUGAUUGCCGAAGCAGUUAUUGCUAUUGAGUAUGGAGCUAGUUCGGAAGAUUUGGCCAGAACUUGCCACGCUCACCCAACCUUGAGCGAAGCUUUCAAGGAAGCAUGCAUGGACACCUACGACAAGCCAGUGCACAUGUAA